AUGCUCCCCGGGCCGAGGGGCUGGCACCUGCCCGCAGGUGGCACCGGCCACCGCGCCGCACAACCAGGGAAUCCCCGAGCACCGCCAGCCUCCUGCAUCGCACACGGGGCCUCCCCGACCGCGGCGGGGACCCCGGGGUCCGGGCAAGGGGCACGGUCCCCUCCGCGAGAGCCGCCCGAGCCUUCCCGACCCCGGGGGCGACUGGCACCGGGGAGCGGGCACAGUCCGGCACGCCCCCCUCCCCCCCGCCCUCCGCGGGACCCCGGCCCGGCUCUGCCCGCGGCUCCGGGCCCGCCGGCCAGCCCCGUCCCCACGGUGCUGCCACACCGCCGGGCCGGCGCGCCCCGGGGCCGCUCCGUAACGGGGCCCCACCGGAGACACGGCCCGGCACCGCCGCCGAGGGGUCCCGCCGCCAUCUCCCGGUCCGGACUCCCCUCCUCCGCCGCCCCCCUGCCCCUCCCGGGGCUCUCGCGGCCCCCGGGGGCGGCGGCUUCACCGGGGCCGCGCUCCCCCCCCCCCCCCCGCCCCUCAGCGCCCCCCACCCGCCGCCCUCCGGCGCUCACCGCGGCUCCGCGCGCCCCUGGCCGCGCCGCGCCCGGCCGAAGGGAGGGCGGGCGGGGGUCGCGGCCCCCCGGCAGCGCCGCACGCCCGGCGCAGGCAGCCCCCGUCCCUGACCUACUUUCCGCCUGGCUUGCCACCCGACGGCGCACCACUAACCUACUUUCCAGCCAAUGGCACCCUCCCCCGGCCCCGCACCGGACGCGCCCGCCCGCCAACGGGAGCGCGGCUCCUCGCCCGGCUCGCCCAAUGGGCGGCAGCCGAGCGGGCAACGCCCGCCCCCCAGAGCGCCGGCAAAUCCCCGGGCGGCCCCGCGGCAUCGACCAAUCGGGAGCGCGGCAGCGGGCCCCGGUCCCGCCCCCGGCUCGGGGGCGGGGCUGA